AUGUCGGUUGAUGUAGUAGAUCACGCUGAGAUAGAUUCGGGAGAACUCAAACGAACCAAACAGUUGUACAAGAAGGAUUCGUUGGAGAUUGAAUCAUGCACCGUUUCCGGCCAUCAAGGCCGUGGCUCUAAGGUUGUGAAAUGGUCGAUGAUCCUGCAACUGGCGUUUCAGAGUAUUGGGGUUGUGUAUGGAGAUAUUGGCACAUCACCCCUUUACGUUUACCCCAGUGUAUUCAGUAGUGGCAUCAAUCAUAUUGAUGAUAUUCUGGGUGUCCUCUCUUUGAUCUUUUAUACCCUCACUUUGAUCCCUUUAAUCAAGUAUACUUUCAUCGUUUUGCAAGCCAAUGACAAUGGCGAUGGAGGGACAUUUGCUCUAUACUCUUUAAUAUGCCGAUAUGCCAACGUGGGCUUGCUCCCGAACCGAUAACUCGAGGACUCUAAUGUAUCAAAUUUCCAGCUUGAGUUGCCCAGUAAGAGUAAACGUAUGAGACUGGCAUCAACACUCAAGUCGAAGCUUGAGAACAGUCGCUUUGCCCAGUUUUUCCUCUUCUUUGUUACUUUACUUGGUACUUCCAUGGUGAUUGGAGAUGGUAUCCUCACCCCUUCUAUCUCAGUUUUAUCUGCUGUGGGAGGUCUCAAGGAAGCUACAUCUGCAAUUACAGAAGAGAAGAUUGUUUGGAUAUCAGUGGCCAUACUGGUCUUCCUCUUCAUGAUUCAAAGACUUGGAACUGACAAAGUAGGCUACUGUUUUGCUCCUAUACUCAUUGUUUGGUUCGCAUUCAUUAGUGGCAUUGGGGUUUAUAAUAUCAUAAAAUUUGACCCAACAGUAAUCAAAGCUGUAAAUCCGAUGUACAUAAUUGAUUAUUUUAGUAGAAACAAAAAAGAAGCUUGGAUUUCCCUUGGUGGCAUUAUCCUCUGUACAACAGGAUCCGAAGCAUUAUUUGCCGAUUUGGGUCACUUCACAGUUCGGUCUAUACAACUAAGCAUGUGCUCUGUGGUUUACCCAGCCAUCGUCUUGGCAUAUACCGGACAAGCUUCCUACCUUCGAAAGCACCCUGAUCUUGUUGGAGACAGCUUUUUCACGUCCGUACCAGAUGCCGUAUACUGGCCAAUGUUUGUGGUGGCCGUAUUGGCAGCAGUAAUAGCAAGUCAAGCCAUGAUUUCUGGAACUUUCUCCAUCAUUCAACAAUCACUUUCAUUAGGGUGUUUCCCUCGUGUGAAAAUUGUACAUACAUCGGCUAAGUAUGAAGGGCAAGUUUACAUUCCUGAAGUGAAUUACCUACUCAUGCUGGCUUGUGUAGGCAUUAUUCUGGUCUUCAGGGACACUACAAAGAUUGGCAAUGCAUAUGGGAUUGCGGUGGUAUUUGUAAUGACACUAACAACAUCCCUAUUGGCAGUCAUCAUGAUAAUGAUAUGGAGAUCCAACAUACUUUUAGUAGUCUGCUAUGUUCUAAUCAUUGGUUCUGUGGAGUUUUUUUAUUUAAGUUCAGUUCUCUACAAGUUUGAUCAAGGAGGAUACUUACCGCUUGCUUUUGCUGCGUUUCUAAUGACCAUUAUGUAUGUUUGGAACAAUGUGUAUCGGAAGAAGUAUUAUUAUGAACUUCAACACAAGAUUUCGCCCUGUAAGCUAUACGAGAUAACUGUUGACAUAAAUUGUUGUCGGAUUCCUGGAUUGGCUAUGUUCUACUCAGAGCUUGUUCAUGGCAUCCCACCUAUCUUCCAACAUUAUGCCAUGAAUGUACCUGCAUUGCACUCGGUUAUUGUCUUCGUUUCUCUCAAAUCGCUACCCAUUAGCAAGGUCCCCAUGGAGGAGCGAUUCAUUUUCCACAGGGUAGCUCCAAAUGAGCUUAAUGUGUUUCGUUGUUUUGUGAGAUACGGAUACACAGAUGCACGUAAUGAAGAAGAAUCCUUUGAGAGAAUGCUAGUUCAAAAAUUGAAGGACUUUAUAAGGGAAGAUUAUAUGAUUCUCUCACAAGCAAACAUGAAUAUCGGGGAUAUUACUGAAGUGGAUGCUGAAUUGCCCAAUCGAUUAGACAGUGAAGAGAAUGUAAAUGAUAAUGUAAUUCGAGAAGAGAAUCUAAAAGAGGAAAUGGAGAGAGAUAUAGAAAUAGUGGAGAAAGCAUGGAAUGCUGGGGUUGUUCACUUGGUUGGUGAGAAUGAGGUGGUAGCAGCAAAAGGGUCUGGCAUUGGGAAGAGGAUUAUGAUAGAUUAUGCAUACAAUUUCUUGAAGAAUGUUUUGAGAAAAAGUGAUAAAGUGUUUGAUGUUCCUCACAGGCAAAUGCUCAAAGUGGGAAUGACUUAUGAGCUUUAA